AUGUACCAUCUCGUGGCAGGCUUGUAUGCACAGUGGAACAAAAAGUCCACGUACCAUGUCCUUUUGAUUGGACUUCAGGGCGGCGGUAAAACGUGGUUCCAGGAAGCGCUACGGCAUCACUACCUACAGGGCCGUGCCCCCUCCUCUCGCCUGCCGCCCACCGUGGGACAGAAUGUGCUUGACUUGCCGUACCAGAAACGAAUCCUGCGGUUCUGGGACCUCGGUGGCGCGCCCAGCAUGCGAUCGCUCUGGGCGCAGUACAUGGCCGACGCGCAUGUGUUGGUGUGGGUCAUCGAUGGACCUGCGUGGAUCCACAAUGCUUCCGUGGAGAACGAGGCGGCACCGACGUACAGAGACGCUACGAGCCUUGCAUGGCGCGCCGUCGCCGAGGAAGCGCACACACGUGGCCAGCCCAUCGUUGUCCUUGUGACGAAGAUGGACGACGUGAGCUCUGCUUCGUUGGUCGACGAAAUUCAUGCAUCGCUUACCAAGACAUGGCGUGAAGGCCACAGCGAUACGACACCAGCCUAUGCUCUCUCCUGCUAUGGCGUGAGCGCCAAGACAGGCGAGGGCCUUGCCUCCGUCCUGGAAGCUUUUCUUGCCGACGCACAGUCUUUCGAGGCUACGAGGCCUCCUACGGCAUGA